UCUGUGAUCUGCUGUGAACCUCGUGAUCUUCAUCAGCGGCCAGCGGCGCCAGCGGAGAGGAAUACAUCAUUUGUGAUAGAGAAACAAGCGAGGACUGCCAUUCGCGACCUGACACCAAGCUAGCAAACUCCACUGACAUUACACGCCUGCAGACACCGGGAAGACGGACAUGACGGGUUGGGUAUGAGACAUCGGGAGCCAUGGCGGGUCGGAACCGGAUAACCGCCUUCUCUUCGCUGCUUCAGGUCGGCUUGUUGUUGCUGUUGUCGGCUGGGCUCGGCGGGAGACCGCUGGACAAAUGUCUCAACAACAAGUCCUGUCAGCCACAAAGACCUCCCGUGGUCCUCAUUCCCGGGGAUUUGGGAAACCAGCUGGAGGCGAAGCUGGAUAAGCCCAGUGUCGUCCAUUACAUCUGCUAUAAGAAGACUGACACGUUCUUCACUCUGUGGCUCAACCUGGAGCUGCUGGUCCCUGUAGCCAUAGACUGUUGGAUAGACAACAUCAGGCUGAUCUACAACAGUACCACUCAUACCACCCUGUCUCCACCUGGUGUGGACAUUCGCGUCCCCGGGUUCGGACAGACGUAUUCAGUGGAGUACCUGGACCCCAACAAGCGCAGUGUGGGCAUGUAUUUCUUUACUAUAGUCCAGGCUCUGGUUGAGUGGGGUUACACCAGAGAUGAUGAUGUCAGAGGAGCGCCCUACGAUUGGAGAAAAGCUCCCAAUGAGAAUAAGAAGUAUUUCCUGGCCCUGCAGCAGAUGAUUGAGGAGAUGGCGGAGAAAGCCGGCGGGCCUGUGGUGCUGAUUGCCCACAGCAUGGGCAACAUGUACACGCUGUACUUCCUCAACCAGCAGCCGCAGGCCUGGAAGGACAGAUACAUCAAGGCUUUCGUCUCCCUGGGGCCACCCUGGGCCGGGGUGGCCAAAACCCUCCGUGUGGUCACCUCAGGUGAUAAUAACCGGAUCCCGGUGAUCAGCCCUUUAAAGAUUCGUUCCCAGCAGCGUUCUGCUGUCUCCACCACAUGGCUCUUCCCCUACGCCCACUCUUGGCCCGCAGAUAAGGUGCUGGUCCAGACACCCACCACCAACUACACCGUGCGAGACUACAAGCGCUUCUUCUCCGACAUCGGCUUUGAGGACGGCUGGCUGAUGCGGCAGGACACGGAGCCACUGGUGGCCGACCUCACACCGCCCGGCGUGGCCGUCCACUGCUUGUACGGCAGCGGCGUGCCCACCUCCGAGACCUUCCAGUACUCUGACAAGUUCCCUGACGUAGAGCCCACGGUGGUGUUUGGGGACGGCGACGGGACGGUGAACCUGCGGAGCGCCACCCAGUGCCGGCGGUGGAUAGGGCGGCAGAAACAGCCAGUGACGCUGUUGGAGCUGCCUGGGAACGAACACGUCAACAUGCUGUUGAACUUCACGACCGUGGCUUACAUUAAGACCGUGCUGUUCUCCCCGUGACGCUGGCAGAGAACACUACAACAUGAAAACCUUGUUGCCUGUCCUGACAGACACGUACAAACACAGCCGUAUGAUGGACUGACAUGGACUGUCUCUUCUCUCCUCCUUCCCUGAACACUGUCCCCCUGUGCACCCUGCUCUGAUCAGGAACAACUUCGAAAUUUUGUCUUACAAAUUCAGUUUUAUGGCUAUGGUGUCACAAAUGUAUGUUAAUGUCAAAUUGUUUACGGUUGAGCAGAACCAAAACAAAAGGAUUUUUAUAUUGGCCUCUAAUUUUUAAACCAAUCCUAGAUUUUACCAACUGAAUUGAUAUAUUUCAGGACAGGUGCAGGAUGUAUACUGCACGCAAGUAUAUGUCACAGCAUAAACCAGGGAUACAUGUGCCACUUUUGAGUUACCACUCAACACUGAGGUAUUUUUACUAAUGCUAUAGAGGAGACAUCUUAACUCCUUUGAUUCUAAUGUCUCGCUUUAGGGUAAAUGGUGAAGCACAUAUUUCUUUGUUGUUCAGUGCAAUAGGUCACAGGUUUCAGUGCUUAGUGUAUGAUUAAAGCAUUUAACAAAACUAAUCAGAAUAUUAAGUGAUUUUUGUUUCCAUUUAUCCUUAAAUUGCCAAUUUUUUAAUCAUUUUUAUGUUCAUUCAUUGUGAUCUAGUUGUUUAAUUUUUGCAUGUAAUCAAGUUGAUGGCCGUGUCCCUGAAUCCUGUGGCUUUUUCCUCUUUUUAUUGUGUGCUGUAUGUUAAGUGCUGAGUCAAGACACUUAAGAAUAUUGAACCGUUACUGUGAUCAAAUCGUUGAGCUUUUCUGUUUCAAAAUGAUCAGGUACAUGGACAGCCUCAAAAAAAAGAAAAAAGAAAAAAAAAAGGUAAAGUCACAUUCUGCUCUGGAGACUGUUUUCCUCAUGAGGGGGGUCUUUUCUCCUCUGAGGACAGAAUCAUGCCGUUGUUUCAGGAGGAAAACUGUUGAAGCGACUCAGCAGCCUGCUGGCAGCACACACAGACUAACAGUGAGAAGGCUCACCUGUGCAUCUCCACCUGUGCUGAGAAAGACUCGCCUGACUCUCUCAUAACUCCACGCCUAUCUUUAACAUGUAACUGCUGCUCACUCCUCUUUCCUGUUGAACCCCUCUCGCCCAUCGUCCCGCCAACCUCCAUCCAGACAAGCGGAGUGUCCCAUUCAUUCUCCUGAAACUAGUGAAAUGGGUUAAAUGACAUUUGUAUGUGGGUGUGGUUCUAACCAGGGGCUCAACAGGCUGGAUUUACAUUGGCUCAAAUGGUGGGGCUUUUGACACUUUACAAAUACAAAUUUGAUCUUUUCAUUGUUGUUUUAAACAGUGUUUGUUUUCAGUUAUUUAUUAAUUUAUUUCUCUCACCCCUCAUGUUUGGAGAGGAAUAAAAUUCAGAUUGGUGUCAUGUAAAGUUAAAAAUCUGUCCCUGUGCAAAUGCAGCCUGAAGCUCUCUCUGACCCGACUGAUUGUACGGUGCCAUUUGCCCCUUUGCUGGGCCAAACCCAAGAUGAUAUCCUAUAAAUAUCAGAAUUGCUAAGAACUAUCACGAGUGGUGUGUCAUGAACAUGUGCUGCCUUCUAUUGAGUAAAAUAUUUAAAAUAUAACGUUCAGCCUUUGACUUU